UUCUUCCUCUUGUUCUCCAUCGCGAACACCAAUUUCUCAAUUGACCUUAACCGGCAGACGCUGCAGAAAAACCAGCCAUAACUCGAUCUUCCCCUUCUUCCAACUUGAUCAAUAAUCACAUCCUCCUUAAAAUGUCUAGCGGAAACGGAUACAGCUACAAGGGCCAUGGCACCAACAGCCAGGGUAACCACUACUGCGCCCGUGACUACGGCAACGGAUCCAAUGCGUAUCACUACUCCAACACUAAUGGAUCCUACUACUACAGCAACCCGAACGGUAGCACUUACUACAACAGCGGCAGUGGAUCUUCCACGUACACCUCGCCCAGUGGUAACUCGUACUCGAGCUCCGGCUCUGGUUCUGGCUCUGGCUCCGGCUCUUCUGGAAAUUCCAAGUGAGAUGUGAGGGGAAAUGCCUAAGAGGUGAUGGUUUGGAAGCCAGGGAAGAUACCCCGGUGGAUGUUCGCUAGGCAAGGUGGAAAUUAAAGAGGGUUGACAGGACCAUGGCAGUUUUGAGAGCCAAUUUCGUUGCACGAAAGAGACGCAUAGCAUUUGACUUAUUGGUAUGAACCCAAAUGGAAACCCUAUUUCACUAUUCUGCUUAUCUCGAUGCUACCAA